GCGUUGGAAUCGGAGCGGUUGGGGAGCUCGUGCGGAUUCCAUAAAAAUAACGGAGAUCACGUGGUUUAAACCUUGUACACUCGUACCAGGAGUACAGCGCGAUCACAUAAGACUAAAGAGGCGCUCGAAGCGCUAAAUGUCUCGAAGUGUAUGCGCGCGCAAGGCCUUUCAAGGGCCAAAGCAUUUCCUCUUCGGCAUCUUUCCUCCUGUGAUUCUGCGUCACCUCCUAUCGGUCGGUCGCCUGCUGAGGGAGUGAGGGUGAGGUCCUGAGGAAUCGGAGGUGUAUUUCCGUCGCAGGGAUUAUCGAAAUCUUGAUACUGUAUUAUCCACGUGUUCAUCCCUGACUGCAACCCGGGAUUGGACAGGUCCGGGACAGGCCGCCAGCAUUCACUGUGACUCACACUUCGCAUUGGCAGUUCACCAUGUUAGACGGCAGUGCUGCAGUCAACCCCAAUGGUUCCUGGCUCAACAGUCGCGGCAUCUGGCUUACCUACUGCCUGGGCAUCCUGCUGCUGCAUUUGCUGAUACUCAGCUUCCCUUUCCUGAGCGUUGCCUGGACCUGGAGUCUCACAAAUCUUACACACAAUGUGGCGAUGUUCUUCUUCCUUCAUACACUUAAGGGAGUUCCUUGGGAGUCAGCAGACCAGGGCAAGUCACGAUACCUGACGCAGUGGGAGCAGAUUGAUGAUGAAAUGCAGUUCACAGCCACAAGGAAGUUCCUCACUGUGGUUCCUGUUUUCCUAUUUUUCCUCACAAGCUUCUACACCAAGUAUGACUCUGUUCACUUCGCCAUCAACUUUUGUUCCCUGAUGUUCGUGCUAAUUCCUAAAUUGCCGCAGUUCCACAAGGUUCGACUCUUUGGAAUCAACAAGUAUUGAAAGCAAGCAGGGAUAGGGUCAUGUUUCAGUUAUAGAAUAUUCCUAUGUCUUGCUUCCGCUUUCUUUUUUCCUUUUCUUUACUGUUAACAUUACCAAGGGAGCAUUGGCCGACAUAUUACGUUUGUAAUAAAAGCUGUAGCCGUGUUUUGAGCUGCUGCAGAAUCAAUGCAAUUAUGUUCAUAUUAUGCUUAGGAUGUUGUCAUUGCUGUUUUGUAAUGAACUGAAAUCAGUCAUAUUCAUAGAUAUUAUUUUUAGAUAGGGAGCAGUUGCUAUUUUUUUGCAGUAGUGAAAUUUGCUCUUUCUUGUCACGGAUAUUUUAGCACUGUUUGGGGUAUGUGCAGUUGUUGUGGCUCAUGAUGAAAUCAAUUGCAAAUAUUGUGAUUGAUAAUGCAUAACUCCUCUGUAUAGUUGGAGUGCUCUAGUAUAUGUGAUACAAAGUGCCUUUCUUAUUUAAUAAACUCUGUCAUCACACAGUCUGUCUCUUUGAGAGUGUCUCUUUGUAUGGAUGACACUAGGCAGCCUCACAAUGCACUGAAGCACAGCUGCCUGUAUCUUGUCUUUUUAGUGCAGGCCAGCGUGCCCAAUUCAGUGAUGCCAAUAGUACCUCAUAAUGAGAUGCCCCACUGUACUGUUCAGACAUGUCCUGGAGGAAACCUAUGCAUGGUGAGGCUGACGAGAAAAAUGUGCUUGUAACUACACUUCUUUUACGAGUACUGACACCAGAUUUUUCGAACUCAUGUUUUUUUUUCCUUUAAAGGAUAUCUAUUGACUUUAGUGAUCACGGCAUUGUGGCUAAUUUUAUCCACCAUGCCAACUACUGUAGCUAUAUCAUCCUUUUAAAUUUACCAUUUUAAAAUGCGAAUAAGGUAAAGUGCAGAUUACUGCCACAGGUGACAUUGCAUAAUUUGAAAGUGGUGAUGAUACAAGCACAAAGAGAGAGGGGGGGGGGGGAAUGUAAUGGCUGAAAGCUGGAGUGGUCAGCCUGAGUAAGUGCCUCUGGCCUGCUACUCCACGCAUGAAGCAUUCGCACGUGUCCCAAUUAAGCAGCCCAGUUUAGCGAUUUGAGAGCACGCUGUGUCCUGUCAAGAACCACUUGGCCAUCUCUAGCACAAGCAAAUGGGCCUUUUGAAUCCGCUUUGUACAUUUCGGAGGGGAAAAAGAAGUUUCUGCGUGUAUGUAUUGCCAAACAUUCUUUUGCUUAUCUGUAUUGUGACAUUUCAGUGUAAAUAAAUUUGAAUUUGAAAUGUUC